AUGUUACAGCGGCUCUUUGGCUGGGCCAAGUCGGCACCCAUCCCGUUGCCGGGGGAUCGGGUCAUCCCUAUGAACUCGCUCGACGACAACGCGCUCGUGCACAACACCACAUUGGUCGUGUCGUUUGUCUUUGAUGCCCUCCUCGAUCCGGAAAGGCUACGAGAUUCACUCGAAAAUCUCAUUAAGCGCGAUGGCUGGCAGAAGCUGGGGGCCCGGAUCAGAUAUAAUGGAGGAAUAGGCCGACAUGAAUGGCACAUACCCGCCGAGUUCACCCCGGCUAGGCCGGCCGUGGCCUUUGGAGCUCACCAGCACGACACGCCCUUCUCAGAGCACCCGGCCUCGUCACAGAUCAAAAGGCCUGACCCGGCCAGCGACAGGCCUCAGCUGAUCAGCGACCCUCUCGUGCUGUCCGACCUCUCCUGGGGCGGCUCAUACCGCCCGAGCGGCAUCGGCGACUGGUAUGCCGACCCCUCCGAGGACAGGCCUGUCAUGUCCCUGCGCGUGCACACCUUUUCCGGCACCACCACCAUGGUCUGCUUGCAGUGGCAGCACGUGGCCAUGGACAUCAUGGCGCUCAAGGAGCUCUGCGCGGCCUGGAUGGCGGUGCUCGCGGGCCGUGACGAUCAGGUCCCAGUCCCCUUUGGCGCUGACAGCGAUCCCUUCGAGCCCCUCGUGACGGGCAAGCGACAGGCUACCGAGGCGCACGUUUUGGAGGGCAGACAAGCCGGGAUUUUCGGCCUGUUCAAGUGGAUGAGUGGCUAUGCGUGCGACAUGCUGGCCAGAAAGCACCACUGGCGCGUCAUGUGCGUCCCCAGGGCGUUUUGGCAGGCGAGGCUGGAGGCGGCGGUCGAGGCCCUGCGGGAUGAGGCCCAGGCGAAGGGGGAGGAUCCCAGCAAGGUGUUUUUGUCCGAGGGUGAUAUCCUCCUCGCGUGGAUUGUGCGGUGCCUUGUCGUGCCCAGGAAACUGAACCCUAGCAAGACUGUCGUCAUCAUGUUCACUAUGCACAUGAUCAAAGCCUUUCAAGGGGACAUAUUCCCGCCGGCCAGCGAAGACAGGCCAUACAUCGGCAACGCCUUCUCGUACUGCAACGUCCUGCUCAAGGCGCGCGACAUCACCGAGGGCCGCCUCUGCGACGUGGCUGUGGAGAUACGGCGGGCCAUCGCGGCCCAGGGCACGCGUGGCCAGCACGAGGCGUACUUUGCCAUGAAGCAGAACUCGCGGCUGCCUUUUCCCAUGAUCUUCUUUGGCGACAAGGACAUGGUGCACCUGUCGUCGACCAACUGGUCCAAGGCGGAUCUCUUCCAACUGGAUCUCGGUCCGGCGCGGAGGACGGGUGGUGGUGGUGGCGGCGGCGGCGAGGACUCUGACGGUGCUGGGCCUACUACCUCUCCGUGCAGACCUUGGUACGUCCAAGGGCUCAGCAGUCCCAUCAGCCCCCCGGAUUGUUUCACGAUUCAAGGCAAGGAUCAGAAUGGCAACUAUUGGCUUGAGGCGCCGAGAGUCGCGGGAAGGUGGGAUGAGUUUAUGGCUUUUGUGGAUAAGGAGCUCGAUAGCAAUGUCAUAUCAUGA